AUGGAACCGAAAAGGCAAAGGACGGCGUACACCAGACAUCAAAUACUCGAGCUGGAGAAAGAGUUCCACUACAAUCGGUAUCUAACGCGGAGGAGACGAAUAGAAAUCGCCCACACUCUAGUCUUGUCGGAGAGACAAAUAAAAAUAUGGUUCCAGAACAGGCGUAUGAAGUGGAAGAAGGACAACAAAUUACCCAAUACCAAAAAUGUCAGGAGAAAAACGAACCCGGCGGGCGUCACUACGACAACGACAAAGGGAGCCACACCAAAGAGUAGAUCAAAUAAGAACACAAACAACAACGACAAAAAGAAAACGAACAACAAUGGGCGACCAGAUAGCAUAGAGAACGUUACCGAUAACAUUAUGAAUGACUUACACUGCGUCGGAGCGCAGAAUUUAUCGCAUGAUCCGGCGAUUAGUCCGAUGACUCUUCCAGGCAACCAAAUGGCCCCGGGACAUCCGAUGACGCCGCACCAUCUGCACAUGAUGAGCAUGCACGCUGGCAUGGAUCCGAGCAUGGUCGCCAAUCUGUCCACGCACGGUUCGCCAGUUGGAAAUUCCGGUUGCGGCACAGGCAUCAGCUCUGUCAAUACGCCAGUCAUCAAAUCUGACUAUGGACUUACUGCCUUA